CGGUGCAGCAGCACAUGCAAACAAACAUUUGAUUAUUGGUCUUACAAACCGGGUGUAAUUAUAUUAGCAGGCUAGUUAGCGGAGGGUAGGAAAACUCUCUCCACGUUAAGAAGGGUUUCAUUACGGACUCGACUGAGAACGGACACACACGUACCCAAGGAUAAAAUCGAAACUUCGAGCAAUCAUAUUAUCUCUAAAUUCACUGUUAUUUACCAUUGGACUUUGGAUUUUUGGAACUUUAUUUCUGAACUCUAAUCUACUUUUCUGCAAUGAUGGAGAGGACACCCCCAAUUCGUGCUGAUGAGCGACAUACACCCCUGUCUAUUCAAGGGAAGUCAAAGUCUUACAGUAUUGACAGUAUACUUGGGAAUAUUCGGCCUUCUGAUAGAGACCUCUGCCAUUCGCCAAGCAAGACAAAUUCGGACCUUAUUGACCGAACCGCUGACUCCCCUUCCCGGUCCUCAACAAGCGACCUCAACGAUACCAUAGACUCUGACCACAAGCUGAACGACAGCCUCCCUGGCGUCGAGAUGGACCGCGAUCCAAGCGAGACAGCUGCCGGGAGCGAGUCCGAGAAUGCCUGUGACGACUCGGGAGAAAACCCCGAAAGUUAUCAAGACAAGCCAAGAAAAAUCCGCCGAAGUCGUACGACCUUUACAACGUACCAGUUACAUCAGCUAGAAAGAGCUUUUGAGAAGACGCAAUAUCCCGAUGUGUUCACGAGAGAAGAGCUUGCCAUGCGGUUAGACCUCAGCGAAGCCAGAGUUCAGGUGUGGUUUCAGAACAGGCGAGCAAAAUGGCGUAAGCGAGAGAAAGCCCUUGGCCGAGAGAGCCCCAGCUUCAUUCCAGGCGACCACAUCCAAGCACUACCGGAGAUGCCACCAAUGAUGCAUCCUCUGCACAUACCCAUGGGCUCGGACCCUCUCUGGGCAGCACGCAUGCAAAAUCUCACAGGACUUAACCCGAUGUUGGCUUUCCACCAAAGCGGACUCGGCGGCCUAGCCGCGCAAUACUCACAUGGAAAGCUGCCGUUCGGUGGACUAACACUGCCAGGUUAUUUACCUACCAUGCCACCGCACCUCGGUGCAUUUAUGCCGAACGUGUCCGCGUCCAUGGUCUCAGGGACGAGCACAUCGCCGUUAAAUCUUGCCCAGCCUAGGUUCCCCGGAGAUGGGGGCCCUUUCGACGUCAGGAAAACUAGUAUAGAUGCACUUAGACUAAAAGCAAAGGAACAUUCCGCUACCAUGGACCAUAGACUCAUACCAAAUGUGAAAUCGGAAGUAAAGUCAUGAACGUUAAAGUUUGUCAGAUGAAAAAGUGACAUUUGAAUACUUCGCAAUGUCAUUGGACUUGAGAUGUGUUUUUUCUAAACUAGUCAAAUAUCGCUAUGGUUUAAGUGGAGGCAGUUGUUAUGACGUCAUUGAUAUAGAACACACAAUUGUGAUUGCUUCCUCUCUUCAGUCAGGUAACGUCGAGAUUACUGCAGACUUCUUCAGGCAAGUAACAGGCAUUAUGGUCAGGGGGACCUCAUUUGUUCUUAGUCGGCCCAAAAACGCGUUUUUCGGUGACGUUUCGAGGGGGCAUUUGCCCAAAUCCCCGCCCUCUCUAGCCUCGACUUUGACUUCGUUGGUCGUCAAUCUAUAUCAGAUUGCUGUAAUUCAAAACACUACACUGCACUUAAAGCGGGCACCAAAAUGUGCUGUCGAAGGAAAUCACAAAUGUCAAAAGGGUGUGCAUCAAUAUCAAUGACGUCAUAGAAACAUCUCUUCAGUUUUGUUACGUUUCACAUAUCAAUGUAUUCGAUAUCUCAAACAUGUGCAUGCAAAUCUUUCAUAUGGAAUGGAUGGUGUAUUAGGCUAUGUUAUGUAUGGGUUUUCUACAUAUUCUGGGUAUCUUUAUUGUGCAAUUCCUGACACUGUAGAAUGUCGUUGCUUGGCGGGAACUGGUUCUACGAGUUGGUAACCCUUGAACUUUGUCAGUAGGUUGUGUUCAAUUGCCAAAAGUGCAUUAUGCAUCCAGUUUAGAACUGCAGGUAUAAGUAUCUGAGUGAACUUGAUUUGUACUGCACUACAAAUACCUAAAUAGGGCCGCGGUAUGAGUGCAGUGCUUCUGAUCAAUGCACGAGUCUCGUGUUUGGGUGUAUACUAAAGCGUACGCAUAACGAUCUCCUCAAGCUAGCAUGACGGCUUUUUUGGAGAAAUUAAUUAGAUUCUUUUGGGAUGGAGCACUGUCGUAAACUUGGUUCAGCAUACAUCGAUGUAAUGUUCAUUUUCAACAAAAUGUUC